AUGAAUCAUAUAGCGCUUUCAAGUGACCAAGUAAAUUAUCUCGUUUUUCGUUAUCUAAAAGAAUCAGGUUUUGAUCAUUCCGCUUGGGUUUUCAAUGAAGAAAGUAAAGCAAGUCAACUAGGUUUCAAAGAACCCGACAUAAGAAAUGGAGAAUUGGUAAAAGUCAUUCAAGAAGGAUUGCAACUUAGAGAUCUGACGCUGCACUCACGUUCAGAUGGACGAACAAUAGGUUGUAACGUUCCCGUGCAGUUGAUAGGUACUCACCAAUGUGAUGCACCAUCAACUCCUAACUCUAAUGAAGAAAAUAUGUUAGCGAAUGACAACGAAAAUGAAAGAGUUAAUCAGAGGAGUUCACCAGAAGUAGAAUUAACAAAAGUAAAUGAUGCAGAUAUUAGACAUGAAUCUAUAGCUCAAGAAGUUAUUCUUUACGAAAAAGAAUCUAAAAGAAAUAUUCAAAAUAUUGAUACGCUUCAUCGAGAGCAAAGUGGCGGUGAACUAAAUGAUUUAAAAAAUAAUCAAAAUGAUAACAGUGACGAUAUGGAAAUAGAUGUUCCAGUGAGUCCUCCUUCACCAGCAUUGAUUGUCAAUAAAAAUACACUUUCACCUUUAUACGCUCCACCAGUUAGUCAAUCUGUUCCUACUAAAAAGCCAUUGAGUAGUCGAACUUCACCAAUGACAAAUACUAUUGUUCAUAAAUUAGAAUCAUUGAAUCAUAUAUUAUUAAAAGUUCCUGGUGAAGAGUUGGUUUCUUUUUCUUGGAAACCAAACGAAGAUGUUUUAGCUACCGGAGGACAGGAUGGAAUCUUGCGUAUAUGGCAUAUACCUGAUUUUAGUGAAAGACUUCAAGAACCAAAAAAAAUUGAAUAUCCACCUUGGUUAAAUGAAAUUGAUACUACACAAGCAGCUUUUAUAACUUGGUUAGAUUGGCAUCCUACUCAAGAUGAUUUAAUUGCAUGUUCAUAUUUUAACGGAUUAUCAACUGUAUAUAAGAUAAAUAGUGGUCUUUUACAUCGCAAACUAGAAGAACAUCGUGCAAGUACUUUAAAAAUAAAAUGGAGUCCCAAAGGAUUUAGAGUUUUAACUGCUAGUUGUGAUAAGAACGUAAUUUGUUGGGAUCGGGAUGGUCAAGCAAUGCGAUUUGCCGAGGUGCAUAAAGAUACAGUAACAGAUGUUGCAUGGAAAGAUGAUAGAAUUUUUGCAUCGUGUUCUAAUGAUAAGAAAAUAUUUUUAUGGGAUUUUAAAAUAAAGGAAAGACCAACUAUGGAAUUUGCAGGACACGAUGAUGAAGUCUUUUCCAUUAAAUGGGAUCCUACAAAAAACUAUUUAGCAUCUUGUUCCAAAGAUGGAAAAUGCAAAAUUUGGUCAGAAGGUAAUCAUGCACCUUUACAAACCCUUCAAACCAAAGAUGGACCUAUUACCUGCGCAGAAUGGCAUCCUAAAUCGAAUGAUAAUGAAACUUUAUUAUUGACCACAUCACAAAAUAGUGGUGUAGUAAGAAUUUGGAGUGCUCUCGAAGGAAUUUGUUUACGUGACUUUUCACCACAUAAAUUACAUAUCAAUGCAAUUGAAUUUUGUUCAAAUGGGCAAUACUUUGCUACGGGUUCCGCGGACAAUCAUUUACACAUAAUUGAUGCUAAGACAUAUAAAAUACGCGAGAGUCAUUUUUUGGGAAAUGAUAUCAUGAGUAUAAAAUGGAAUCAUAAUUGUACUAAAAUUGCCGCGACGUUACAUAAUGGAACUAUUUAUAUUAUUAAGGCAUUUUCUAAUGAGUAG